CGAACUGCAUCCUGGGAGUCUGGAACCUCCUUCUUUUGAACAGGAAGUGUGCUGCUUGUGGCAGGAGUUGGUGCAGGAGUUGGUGCAGGAGUUGGUGCAGGAGUUGGAGCAGGAGUUGGAGGAGGAGGAUGGAGGAGGAGGAGGAGGGGGGGGGGGACUUCAAAUAAAUUUCCACUUGGUCCGCAGCUCACGAGGAUGUGGACCAGGAGUCAUCGGGUCGUCAGUGGAACCGGGCUGAACGGCUUCAUCCAGAGGGACUUCAUCCACGCGCGUAAUGACGCGUUUAUUGGCUCCCUAGGAAUAAAAAGAUGUGGGGAGCGCACGUGCAAUAGAGGUUGAAUUUUAAACCAUCUCUCUCCAUCUCUCGAGGCACCAUGGAGAACCACGACCUGCAUCCAUUCUGCGCACCUUUCACCAGCGAUACCUUCCAACAGGUCCCCGCGCGUCUCCAAAGAACUUUGCGCUUUUCCAACGACUCUUAAGGAUAUGCUGUGUUUCAUUAUUGGAGUCCCUUGCGCACAUUUGAGAGACGUUUUCCACUAAUAAUAAUAAUUAACCAUGCAGGGCCGCGUUGUGGUGAGAAGCCGUGCCGGUAUGUCCGCGGUGCGCUCCUGCGUGCUGCUGCUCUUCAUCCACAUGAGCGCACCGGUGGAGGCGAGGAGAGUUACCGGCGGUCGGGCGCAGAGUCGGCGGGUACAGCAGCAGCAGCAGCAGCAGCCUCCGGAGCAGCAGCAGCCUCCAGAGCAGCACAGAGAGCAGUCUCGGGUGGAAGGAGCAGAGAGCUUCCCGUUAGACUUUACCGCCGUGGAGGGCAACAUGGACAACUUCAUGGUCCAGAUCAAGAACUUGGCACAGUCUCUGUACCCGUGCUCCGCGCAGAAGCUGGAUCAAGACAUGAAGCUGCAUUUUCUGCAGAACACAUCUGUGACUUGCAAUGACGGGUCAGCAGCAGGGUACUACAUCAAGGAGUCUAAAGGCAGCAAGAGGUGGCUGCUGUUCUUAGAAGGCGGGUGGUACUGUUUCAACAAGCAGACCUGUGACAGCAGGUAUGAGACGAGGAGGAGACUGAUGAGCUCCACCAAGUGGCCGCAAACCAGAACAGAAACAGGAAUCCUGUCUCCUCAGCCAGAGGAAAACCCUCACUGGUGGAACGCCAACAUGGUGUACAUCCCCUACUGCUCCAGUGAUGUGUGGAGCGGAGCCACACCGAAGACGGAUCACAGUGAUUAUGCGUUCAUGGGCUCUCUGAUCAUUAAGGAGGUGGUGAAUGAGCUGCUGACGAAAGGUCUGGACAACGCCAAGGUUCUGCUUCUGGCAGGAAGCAGUGCGGGUGGUACCGGCGUCCUGCUGAACGUGGACCAGGUUGCAGAGCAGCUGGAGUCGCAGGGCCACGGAGGAGUGCAGGUCCGGGGCCUGGCCGACUCCGGCUGGUUCCUGGACAACAAACAGUACAAAUUCACAGACUGCCUGGACACCAUCAGCUGUGCCCCCACUGAGGCCAUAAAGAGAGGCAUCAGGUACUGGGGCGGUUUGGUGCCAGAGAGCUGCAGACAGACUCAUGUGGGAGAGGAGUGGAACUGUUUCUUUGGAUAUAAAGUCUUCCCCACGAUAAAAAGCCCGGUAUUCGUGGUGCAGUGGCUGUUUGACGAGGCCCAGCUGAUGGUUGACAACAUCCACCUGACCGGGCAGCCCAUCCACGAGGGCCAGUGGAGGUACAUACAGAACCUGGGACAGGAGCUAAGGAGCACGCUGCAAGACGCACCGGCGAUGUUUGCUCCGGCCUGUCUGGCACACGGACUCAUUACUAGAACCGACUGGAUGGACAUUCAGGUGAAAGGCACCUCCCUGCCCAGAGCCCUCCACUGCUGGGACCGAAGCCUCCAAGUCAACAACCAAAUCAACGGCAGCAACUACAACCACCAAAAGCACAAGACCCCACCCGUGAGGGGCUGCCCUCUGCAUUUGAUCGACAGCUGCCCGUGGCCCCACUGUAAUCCCUCCUGCCCGACUAUUCGCGACCAGCUGACGGGACAGGAGAUGAGCGUGAUCCAGUUCCUGAAGCACAUGGGCUUUGAUGUGCAGAAGGUGGCCCAGCAGCAGGGGAUGGACCCCAGGAAGCUGCUGGGCAUGCUCAACAACGGGAGCUGAGCUGCUGUUCUUUAAAGCGCAGCAAUGUUAGUGUAGCGUCAGUAAGCCAUUCUGUGGAGAAGAUACUGAGCAUCAAUGGAAGACAACAGGAACAUGUAAAGCAGACCUCUAAUGAUAAGACUCAACUUUCUAAAAAUACUGAACUCAAAAAACUCACAAGUGCCUGAUGAGUUGAGUCAAAUAUAAUGAAACCAGAACGUUUAGACACAACAUAUGGAAUCACUUGUUUUAACAUAUAGACAUAUAAAUAUACUGUAGACAUGCUAUUAUUGUGAGGUGUACACAAAUAUAAUGAAAAGUGGGUACAGUGUGUGUGUGUGUGUAUAUAUAUACAGUAAAUAUGUAUGUGCAGUAGAGACUGUCAUGGUGGUAGUCUGAACUAGAAUUGAUGGGAAAGAUUGAAAACACCUCCCAGUUUGUGUUGUGAGGAUUUGGUGCUCUCUUCUGUCCACAUUAACUAUCACAUUCAGAGAUGCGUCUACGGUGCUGCUGUUUCUACCCUCCACCAAAUAUGCUGCUUUUUCUAAUUUUGGAAAAAUAAUAAUUUAAUGGGUAAUAUUUACUAAUAAAAGGUACAGAGAUUAAGAUUAUUACUUUGUUCUUCAGGGUACUUAAAAGUGAAAAAAAAAAAUAUUUUUCUACUGAAAAUAUCUUUUAUGUGUCUUAUAGUUAGUUACUGUUACAGUGUCUUCAUACAUUUGACUUUUUUAUUUGCAUGUUUGUGAAAAAAAUACUUUCUAUACUAUAUGUAACCACAAGUACUAUAAGUGCUAAUAGUACAAGUUAUAUCCAUAUUAUUUUUCAGGCUGUCGAGUUUGUAACAUGUUUUUUCUUGUGCUGCUGUAGUAGUUCCCACACCUUAUAUAAGCACGAAUAAAUACAAAUACAUGCUGAUAUGAUAAAAACAUAUUUUAAUCGCUACAGUAUGACAACACAAUGGCAGUUAUCACCCUAAAGGAGCAAUUCAGAAAACAAAAUGGAAAAGUCAUUUCCAGUAUUAUCAUGCCCACACCCACAGCAUCCAAAGUUUAACUACUGUACAACACACAUACUGAUAAAAUUAUUUAAAAAAAUUAAAAGCAUUAAAAAAAACAUUGUAGACUACAUACAGUUUUUUUUGCAGGAGAAAUAAUAAUAAAAAACACAGUUGUUCACAGUUGAUAUGAAAGUGCUUUUCCGAGAGAUGACUGAAGUCCAUUUUAAACUGAUGAACAUCGGUUAUACUGUCCAUCUGUAACAUUUAACUUUCUACAGUUUGAGUUCAGGCGUUUCAUCUCUAAACAGCACUGUAUAAAGCAGACAGCUUUGUUUCACCUGAUAUUUCCACUUGGUUUGUUUUGCUUCAC